UACUUUUAAUAAAAGUGUUAUGAUGCAUGCUGACUUUCUAACUUUGGCAAGAGGAAUUUUAAAAGGCAGAUCAAGAAGGUUUAAAGUAGUCAUAAAGGAGAUCACAAUCACUGCCCCCUUUCGCAGCUUGUUCAGUAUGUCAACAACCAAGUUGAAGACAACAGAAAGUGAAACUAAGCAUGCUAGUAAGGAUGGCACGACUAGCCCUCUCCUAACAACCCCAGAACCCGCCACAUCCAAGAGAAUAACCAGAAAUGCUCAUCACGAUGCUGUGUUAUCUGACAAAGAAAAGUUUUUAAAUAUGAAAAAAGAAGAAAAAAGAAAACUAUACAAAUGUGGGAAGAAAUUCAAACAGCUAAAUGACAUUCCAACAUGGCCAGAUUUCUACAAUGAACACAAAGAGAGGAUGAAAAAAGCAGCUGCAAAGAAGAAAUUAGAUAUGAGGUAUAAUGUUAAUGAGGACAUAAAUCAGAGAGUUUCUAUUUGGAAAGGAGACAUUACUACCCUAGAAAUUGAUGCCAUUGUUAAUGCUGCCAAUAGCUCUCUUCUAGGUGGGGGUGGAGUUGAUGGUGCCAUUCAUUCCGCUGCUGGUAAGAAGUUGGUUGCUGAGUGUGCGACAUUAAAUGGCUGUGACACAGGAGAUGCCAAAAUUACAGCUGGUUAUAAGCUCCCAGCCAGAUAUGUGAUACAUACAGUGGGCCCCAUUGGUGAGAAGGAAGAUUUACUAUCCAGAGCAUAUUCAUCUGUACUUAGUCGUGUAAAGGAAAACAGUCUAGCCUCCGUGGCAAUUCCAUGCAUAUCUACAGGGAUAUAUGGAUACCCAAGUGAAAAGGCUGUACAUGUGGCACUACAAACUGUCAGAGACUUUCUAGAAAAUGAUGAAUACAAUCAAAAUAUUGCUCGCGUGAUUUUCUGCCUCUUUAUGCCAAAGGAUGUGGCCCUCUAUGAGGAGCAGAUGCAGGCUUAUUUCCCAGUGGCUGAGUCAGCUUGUACAGAUCACAAAAGAGACAUAAAAAUGGACAAUUCUGAGGCUAAGAAAGUGAAUGAAAAGAAAAAAGAUCAUGAAAAGGAGGAAAAAAUGGACACAGAGGGAGAAAAUAAAAAAGUUGACGCGUCUGUGGAAGAAAAGAUGGAAACUGAAGGAAAAGAGGAGGAAAUCAGGGAUGAUACGGAGUUGAUGAAGAAUACCAAAGAUAAAACACCCAGACAUAUAGAGGAGAAAAUGAACAUAUCUGAAGAUAAUAAAAGUACUAGUGACAAAUCACCCAGACAUACAGAGGAGAAAAUGAACAUAUCUGAAGAUAAUAAAAGUACUAGUGACAAAACACCCAGACAUACAGAGGAGAAAAUGAACAUAUCUGAAGAUAAUAAAAGUACUAGUGACAAAACACCCAGACAUACAGAGGAGAAAAUGAACAUUUCUGAAGAUAAUAAAAGUACUAGUGACAAAGGUGAUUCUGUUGAUAACGGCGGUCAAGUUAAAGAAAAAAGUGGACAGAAUAAACACAAAAUGACAGAAAAGGGUCCAGAUGAAAAAAAAGCGUUAAAGACAAAAAAACAGACCCACUGUUGAAUCAAUUAAGACCGCAAAGGCUGGAAAAUAGGAUGAUGAAAAGAAAAGUCAAUAUUAUAAGAAAGAUAACACAGGGAGUUUUAAAAAGUUACAGAGCAGGCCUAUAUUUUGAGGAAAUCUUUGAUAUCCGAGUUAGUGAUUAACUAGUAGACAUGACAAGUUGCUGAUUUUUUUUUACUACAAGAUUUUAUUUGAUUUUAUAUAUGCAAUAAAUUUCAUCAAGAUUAAUGA